AUGUUGGAAGGGUCUGUCAAGGAACAAUACGCCAUUCUUGAUGAUUACUGUAAAAGGUUGUUGGCUACCAAUCCUAGUUGUACUGUGAAGUUAAAAACUGAUUUGGGAAUUUUAUUGGUUGCAGUAGGCAUUAACGGUAAUAACUCCAUGUUUCCCAUUGCCUACUGUGUUGCUGAAAAGGAAAACGCUGAGGUUUGGACUUGGUUCUUGGAGCUAUUGAAGGAUGAUCUCAAGAAUUUGAGUCCUACCAAGGUGACAAUAAUGAGUGAUCAUCAAAAAGGAUUAGAAAAUGCAGUGGGAGCCAUCUUUAGUGGGUGUGAGGUGAGGUAUUGUGUUAGACAUCUUCAUGCUAACUUUAAAAAGGAAUAUCCUGGGCUUUUACUUAAGCAACUUUUGUGGGCAACAACUAAUACUACAACACAAGAUGAGUUUCCUCGAGAAAUGCAAGAAGUCAAGGAUAUCUCGAAUGGUGCUUACAAUUGUUUUAUAACAAAAGCCGAGUUGGAGAAGAUGACUCAACCUAUGGGGAAUAUAAUUUUGAAGAUAAUUGAGAAGAAAAAAGAGGUUGCAAAGCAUUGUCUGGUUACUAGGUCUGACAAGUUUGAGUCUCAAGUUCAAUGCAACAAUGGUAGUGUCUUUGUUGUUGAUUUGGAAUUCAGAACUUGUACAUGUAGGAGGUUUCAACUAUCUAGGCUUCCUUGUGGCCAUGCACUAGCUACUAUCUGGUUCAUGGGAGGACUCAACCCAAUUGAUCCACCACCUGAGACGAAGCUGCCUGGAAGACCUAUGAAAGCUAGGAGAAAGGAGACAAAUGAACCUCCAUCUGCUAUAAAGAAAGCUCAAAGAACUAGACAAGUUAAAACAUGCAGCAAUUGUCUGAAAACAGGGCACGGGAGAGAAACAUGCAAAUAUGCUAAGGUUGUUGAGAAUCGUGUGGUCAAAAAGCGAUGUCAUCCACCAUUGCAGAAACCAACUGAAGCCACACUUAAAAGGAAGGAAAGAAGGCUGAAUCAACAUGCUAAAGGAGGAACUAGUGGCGCAAAGAAUGCUCAACCCGAUACUAUCUGA